ACUUUCCCAUCCCCGAUUCAGUCGGUGCGAUAGUCUCGUUAGGGAGUCCCAUAUCUCGAGGUAUUAAUGAUUUCCAUUUUAGGAAAUCUCUUCGUUUCUCCAUAGCAUGAUCCCGAAGAAACCGAAAUCGCUAUUCACCUUCCGACGUAUUUUCAAGACGGUAAUUAAGAUCGAAGUUGUACUGCUCAUCGGAUUAUAUGGAAUCUGGCAUCGUAUGAAUCACUCGCAGGAUUUCAGAUAUUACAUGCGAAAGAAUUAUCCAAGUAUAUUAGAGCAGUAUUACCUUCUUGGGGAAAGAAUAUCCGGCAACGACGAAAUAAGGACGUUUGAUUACAUAACCUGGGAACAACGCAAUGAACAGUAGAUCUUCAUGGCGUCCUCAGUAUUUAUGAAGGUUGUAGCAUCUAUAAUUCUUGGUGGAGGCAUAUCAUACGCUUUAUUUCGUGUCAGUGUACCCAACGAAGCUGAUAUUGCAAGGCACCUGCCUCCAUAUUCCUCAGAGCCACACGGCCUUUUCGAGGGUUACCAAAAGAAAAACGUAGAUUUGAUGAGCCUAAAGUCAAACAAAUUGAUCAGUUCUGUGGAACAGAAAACUCCAGACAGCGUUGUUAGGAAAUAGCAUUUAUACAGCAAUAAAAUGGAUUCCACCGAACUCAUAGAGGGCAGUCUACCAGAUCGCAUUACGAAGAGGGAUCGAGAGCGUAAGAAUAUCAUCGAGAGGCGACGGGAGGAACGGCAAUCACUCGCCGUGGAGUCCGAGCAGAGCAGUUACUUCAAGGACACAUUUUACUCCUCCUGCAAGAAGAUCAAGGACAUGCUGGACGACGCGUCCGGCAGCCCGUCCUCGGCUUUGCCGGGGAUCUUCGAGAAAUCCAAUAAGGAGAUCCAGCUGCUCAAGAAUUAUUUGUCACAGUCGAAAAUGUUCUUGAAGGUCUACGACAUAAGACGCGCACAAGAGAACUUGCAAUCGCUGGAGAACCAGGCUGCCGAGAUGGAGAUGAAGUUGUUGCCUAAGAAAAAAUUCGGAUUCAAGAAUCGUCGUGUGGUGAAGAAGCCCUCCGACAAGGGCCACGACAUCACGGACGGUCUGAAAGAUCUCAAGAUAUCCGAGGGAAUCGUGAACGGUUCCGCCAAACAGAACAAUAAGCUAUUGUCGAGCAAGUACGGCGAUAAUGCUUGCAUGAUACUAGGCAAGACGAACGAGCAGCUGGUGUUGGACGCCGAAAAUGUGAAUAAGAACGACAUCCUUUUGUCCGACCUGGUACACUGUACCGUGAGGAUAUAUGGUACGCCUAGUACGUUGCACAUGGUGAACCUGAAGCACUGCACCGUGCUAGUCGGGCCGGUGACGUCGUCCGUUUUCGCGCACGACUGCAGCGGAUGUGCGUUCGCCUUCGCGUGUCAGCAGCUACGAUUACACUCGUCGACAGACUGCACGAUUUAUCUGCACGUUACGAGUAGGGCGAUCAUAGAGGACUGUACAGAGAUACGGGUAGCACCUUACAACUGGUCCUACGAAGACCAGACGAGUCACUUCAGUCUAGCCGGCCUUGAUCCGAAAGUCAACAAUUGGAACUGCAUCGACGACUUUAAUUGGCUGUCCAGCGAGAAGCACUCGCCGAAUUGGUCCGUUCUCGAGCCGGAGCUUCGAGUGAAAACGUGGGAUUAGGUAGAAUUAAGUAGAAUACUUGAAGAAAACGAAGCAAAGCGAUCGAGACAUUACCAGCUGUAGUCGAGAGCGUUUUUCAGAAAGCUAAUUCUUUUUCCAAACGUUCACGCACGCGCGUCGGUGUAUUUACGUGAAUGAAAUUAUCCAUAUGUAUAUUCUGCUUUUUCACACAAAGACGCAAGCUGUGUAAGUGUUUUAUAUACUUACAAUGUCUAAUAAAUUUACCGUUUAUGCAAUACA